AUGCAUGUCAAAAGGGCUAUUAUUGAAAAUGCAUUUGACCAGAACGCUACUUUGAUCAAGAUUGAGAGUCAAAAUAAGAGAGGAAGCCUAUUAAAAGUCCUUCAAGUUCUUACUGAUCAGAAUCUAAUAAUUAGGAAGGCGUACAUUUGCUCAGAUGGGAGAUGGUUUAUGGAUGUUUUUCAUGUUACGGAUGAAUGUGGAAAUAAAGUCUAUGAGGAUGAAAUCGCCGAGCUAAUUCAACAGGCUUUGAAACCUAAAGAACCCAUUCUAGUGUGUGAUCCAUUCGAGAGAUGUGUGGACGUGGUGCAGUGCACCGCGAAACAGACAAGAAUCGAGCUAUUAGGAAGAGAUCGUCCGGGUCUGCUGUCAGAGGUUUUUUCAAUCCUAACAAAUCUAAAGUGCAACAUAGUGGGAGCUGAGGUUUGGACACACAACAUGAGAAUGGCUGCUGUGGUUUACAUCACAGACGAGGGAGACGGGUUGCGGAUAGAUAACCCGAAACGCCUCUCAGAAAUCAAACGGCUACUUCUACAAGUGCUCAUGAUCAGUAGCCAGGGGCGAAACUACAUUACCACUAGCAAUAGCAAUGGAGGGAGCACUGUCUCGAUGGGUCAAAGAAGGUUGCAUCAAAUUAUGUAUGCUGAUCGUGAUUACGACGGUCAAUCCCAACCUGCAGCAUUGGUCACUGUUGAGGAGUGCCCAGAAAAGAAGUACACUGUGGUGGGGGUGAGGUGUCCCGACAGACCCAAUCUUCUAUUUGACACUGUGUGCACGCUCACAGAUAUGGGCUACGUCGUAUCCCAUGGCACCAUUGACGCCCAAGGCCCCCAGGCUCAACAGGAAUACUACAUAAGGCAUAUGGAUGGUUUUCCUAUUAGCUCAGAAGCAGAACGAGAGCGUGUAAUUCAGUGCUUGGAAGCAGCAAUUAAAAGGAGAUCAUCAGAGGGAAUAAGACUUGAACUGUGUAGUGAGGAUAGGGUUGGUCUCCUGUCUGAUGUGACUCGCAUAUUCAGAGAACACGGUCUUUCAGUAACUCGGGCUGAGGUGAAAACAAUAGGGAUCCAAGCCAUUAACAUUUUCUAUGUGACCGAUGCAUCUGGGUAUUCCGUCACAAAGGAAACCAUUGAGGCAAUUAGGAAAGAAAUAGGGCUCACCAUACUCCGCGUGAAGGAGGACCAUAAUAGCUCCAAUACUUCGCAAGUUGCAGGGAGGUUUUCAUUGGCCACUCUUUUUCGUUCGAGAUCAACCAAGUUGCUCUACAGCUUAGGCCUCAUCCAAUCAUGCUCCUGA